ACAAUUAAUCGGUUUUAAGCUCAAUGUACGGUUGACGGCCUACCUACACCAAAUCUUAUAGUUUUUUGAGAUUAUAUUUUUUAUUGAUACAUUUUACUAUUAGUAUACCAACUUGAACGAUGGCUAGACUCUUAAUGUUAUCGUCUGUGAUUCUGUUUAGUGCUUACCUAACGGAACAGGUGCAUUUUCUUCAACCAGAGUACAUCAAAAAACUAAAUGAAGAAAUUUCGACAUGGGAGGCUGGAGAAAAUUUUCCUCCCGAUACUUCUAUUGAAUAUUUAAAAGGGUUGAUGGGAUCUUACGGUGUAGAAGCUGCAGCCGAAGGUCCAUUCAAGACCCACGAUUCCAAUUACGAAUCCUUUCACUACAUUCCCAGAAAUUUCGACGCCAGAAAAAAAUGGAAGCGUUGUAAAACGAUCGGCAUGAUUCGUGACCAAGGAAAUUGUGGUUCAUGUUGGGCUUUUGGCACUACUAGUGCAUUUUCCGAUCGGUUGUGUAUUGCCACUGACGGUGAAUUCAACGAAAUGUUGGCGGCCGAAGAACUCGCGUUCUGCUGUCAUUUGUGUGGCUUUGGGUGUCACGGAGGAUAUCCCAUUAAGGCAUGGAAGUACUUCGUAAGACACGGUAUCGUCACCGGUGGUGGCUAUGAUAGCCAACAGGGAUGCCAGCCAUACCGUGUCCCACCUUGUGUUCACGGUGUUCCGCCAACUGAAGAAAACUCUUGUCAAAGUGCACGGUUCGAGAGGAACCACAAGUGCACUAAAGAGUGUUACGGUGACACAGAAAUCGAUUACAAAGACGACCACAAAUAUACCAGAGACGCGUACUACCUUACACCUGGAACCAUCCAACAAGACGUUAUGCGAUACGGUCCAGUAGAAGCGUCUUUUGACGUCUACGACGAUUUCGUCACUUACAAAUCCGGGAUCUAUGAAAAAUCGGAAAAUGCUUCGUACUUGGGAGGUCACGCCGUGAAAUUGAUCGGAUGGGGUGUGAAGAAUGGAAUUGAAUACUGGUUGAUGGUGAACUCGUGGAAUAAAUCCUGGGGAGAUCAAGGAACGUUCAAGAUCCGAAGAGGCACAAACGAAUGUGGAAUUGACAACUCGACGACAGGCGGUGUGAUCAUUACUUCUUAAAAAAUUACCGAUGUGCACAUAAUAUUAUUUACUUAUUGUAUGAUAAAUAACUUAAUGAAUACAUAAUAUACAUAUAAUGGUUUCAAUAAUAAAUGACAACUUUUAAAUUAAA